AUGCUGCUCCCCCGAACAGACUGCCAGGCCAACGGUACGUCGCCGGCGCCAGUGGAGAGGAAGUACAGGGGCGUGCGGCUGCGGCAGUGGGGGAAGUGGGUGGCGGAGAUUCGGCUGCCCAACAGCCUCAAGAGGAUAUGGCUGGGAUCCUACGACUCGCCGGAGAAGGCGGCGCGGGCGUUCGACGCCGCCUUCAUCUGUCUCCGCGGCGGCGAGGCCAUCGCCGGCCUCAACUUCCCCGAGUCGCCGCCCACCGUCGUUGCCCGCACUAGCGACCCGCGGGAGGUGCUCGCCUACGCGACGUCGCAUGCUAACCGGCUGGGAUGCCACCAUUGCACAGGAAGAAGCAGCUCUGGUGGAGGAGGAGACGGCUAA